AUGCUGAUGCCCAUCUCAGCGGAUCCCCGCCCCCGAAGUUCACAGGUUCAAGCUGAGUUCCCGGACUCCGGCAUCUUGAAUUUGCCACCUGUCCAUCGGCCGCAGCUCGCAAAUCGAGUCGGAUCCAAGUUUGGUGGAGGUGGUGUAGCAGGAGCCAGUGAAGCAAAUGUCGAUCGGCGUGAAAGGCUUCGAAAACUCGCGCUUGAGACGAUUGACCUUGCCAAGGAUCCCUACAUCCUACGAAAUCAUCUCGGUGGACUCGAAUGUCGACUCUGUCUUACUCUCCACACCAACGAAGGAUCAUACUUGGCGCACACACAAGCCAAGGACGCAAAGGAUUCCUCCCUAUACCAGUCGUCCCUCCUAGCUCAGCAAGCUGCUCAGUCACGCUUAUCGAUUGUCAAGAAGCAGUUCAUCAAGAUUGGCUCGCCAGGUUAUCAAGUCACUAAAGUUCGCGAUCCUCUCACCGGUCAACUCGGCUUACUGUUUCAGAUUCAUUACCCUCAAAUAACUGAAGGAGUCAAGCCGCGUCACCGAUUCAUGUCAAGUUUUGAGCAGCGUGUCGAAAGUGCCGAUCGAGCUCAUCAAUAUCUGCUGAUUGCUGCCGAGCCAUAUCAAACUAUUGCAUUCAAACUUCAAUCCCAAGAAAUCGACAAUUCCGAGGGUAAAUCUUGGCAUCAUUGGGAUUUGGACACAAAAACUUAUAGCAUGCAGUUCUUGUUUGCCUGA